AUGAGUGGGGAAGGAGAUUCGAAUGAGCCGAAGACCGUCGUUGAUGGUGGCGAAGGAGGCGGAGGAGAGGUGGUUGCUGUGAACGUAAGGUGCUCGAAUGGCUCGAAAUUCAGCGUGAGGACGAGCCUUGAAUCUACGGUCGAGUCUUUCAAAGCCUUGGUUGCUCAGAACUGCGACGUUCCAGCUAAUCAGCAGCGUUUGAUUUACAAGGGACGUAUCCUCAAGGAUGAUCAAACUCUCUUGAGCUAUGGUUUACAAGCGGAUCACGCUCUUCAUAUGGUUCGAGGCUCUGCGCCGCCUUCAUCAGCACCUCCUUCUGCAAAUGCUGGAAGCCAAACCACUACUACACCUAGUGUUACCCGAGGGGUUGGUUCUAAUGAUAGCGCAAAUACCGGAGGGGAGUCUUUGUUUCCGGGGCUUGGAUUUAAUCCGUUGGGUGGUGGAAAUGCUAUGCCUGGGUUAUUUGGAGCUGGUCUUCCGGAUCUUGAGCAAGCACAGCAACAACUAGCUCAAAACCCGAAUAUGGUUAGAGAUAUGAUGAAUACACCGGCUAUUCAGAAUCUUAUGAACAACCCUGAACUUAUGAGGACCUUGAUUAUGAGUAACCCUCAAAUGCGUGAGCUUGUGGAUCGAAAUCCUGAGCUUGGCCAUAUACUUAACGACCCGAGCAUACUUCGGCAAACUUUAGAAGCUGCAAGAAACCCGGAGCUUAUGCGUGAGAUGAUGCGGAAUACUGAUAGAGCGAUGAGUAAUAUCGAAUCUACUCCUGAAGGGUUUAACAUGCUUAGGCGUAUGUAUGAAAAUGUCCAGGAACCGUUGUUGAACGCUACAACAAUGUCAGGGAAUGCUGGAAACAAUGCGGAUUCUAAUCCAUUUGCUGCUCUCCUGGGGAAUCAGGGUCAGGGUGCUACACAAGGUAGAGAUGCUUCUAACAAUCCCAUGACAACCAAUGCCGAAACAGGCACAGGGAAUGCUGUGCCGAAUACUAAUCCACUCCCAAAUCCUUGGGGUGCUGCUGGUGGCCAGACAACUACGCCUGGGAGGACGAAUUCAGGUGGGGAUACUAGAGCCCCUGGCAUUGGUAGCCUCGGUGACCUUAUUGGCCUUGGUGGACUGGAAAUGCUAGGUGGGGAUCCAACGGCUACUCCAGAUGCCUCUCAAAUGAACCAGUUUUUACAAAAUCCAGCCAUGUCACAGAUGAUGCAAAGCUUACUUUCCAAUCCACAAUACAUGAAUCAGAUCAUGAGUCUCAACCCACAACUCCGAAGCAUGAUGGAUUCAAGUCCGCAGGUGAGGGAAAUGAUGCAGAACCCAGAGUUCCUUCGUAUGCUUAGCUCCCCAGAGACAAUGCAGCAAAUGAUGACUCUACAGCAAUCACUUUUCAGGAAUACAACCAGCCAGGCUCCGGGGCAAACUGGUGCUACAACAGGCACAGGGAAUAACGGGGGGCUGGAUUUAUUGAUGAAUAUGUUUGGCGGCCUUGGUGCUGGCGGCUUAAGUGGUGUGAACCAAUCUAAUGUUCCUCCUGAAGAGCUUUAUGCUACGCAAUUGCAACAGCUUGAAGAAAUGGGUUUCUUUGACAGAGCAGAGAACAUUAGGGCGUUACGUGCAACCAACGGCAACGUUAACGCUGCUGUAGAACGACUCUUGGGUAGCCUCGGCCAGUGA